AUGAAUAGCGAUAUUUUCAGGCUAAGGAGGGGGUCAGCAACUCGUCGGAGUCCUGUAGGGAGGUCGAUGUCCGGAAAUGAAAAUACAGAAGCGAUGGAGAUCGACGAGCUCCGCUUAAAGAACAACAGCUUCGGAAUCAUCGACGCACAAGAUGCAGAGGCCGCCCAGUUCAAAUCAGAGCGUGUGCGAAGCCUUGUAUUACGCGUUCUUGGCGUCGGUGAGAACCUAGCUCCAGAGUUCGCUCUCCAAACAGCAUUAGUUUCUGAAUGUGGCACGAGACUUGCUGAGACAGAUUUGCUGGAUCCAGAGGCCUAUAGAAGUUCCAUUCAUGACUUGAUAUUUCUACUCGUUUCGUCUAUUGCGUCUACAUCUGACGUUGCUAUGGAGGUGGAUGCAGAGGACUCCCUCGGGUCUAUUCUUGUCGUCCCAGAGCUGGACAAAAUUCAAAGUACUAAAGAGUCAAUGGCUUUGCACUACUUGAUGUCGACGUAUAGCCGUUUGAAUUCUGAAAGCCGCAAUGAGUUCUUUCAAGAUUACGAGAAACAGAUGUGCUUAGAUCUUCGUGAACUGGUAUUAUCGAAUGUCGUUAUUUUACUUCGCGGGUACUGCGAGCCUUUCAUGUCUGGGAAGUUGGCGCGUUCCUCGCUCGUUCGUCUACUUUACUCUAACCUCGUUUCGAAUGUUUUUCUUAGCGAUAUCAUUGCGCAUUGUACAAAUACUGAACUUUCAGACGAAAAUGCUUUGUCUGAGGUUUUCAAUCCAAUCCUCAGUCAACAGAGAGAUUCGAUGGUAUUCCAACACAUGAUGAAAAAUCGCGAUGAUUGCGUGCAUCUGUUGUUCCGGGCCGUCAUCCAGCUGCUCUCUAUUCGAAUCGAUGGAAAGCGGCCUAUCUGUGAUUUGAUGAUAAACCGUCCCGACUUCUUGCCUGAGCUAGUCACAGGUGUCACUGGCCGCGAAAUCGCUCACCUCUCCUACCUCGGUCCUUUCAUUGGUUACGGGAUUCCUUGUGACGAAUUUGUUACUCCCAUCGCUAGCAAAUUCUUCGGUGAAAAUGAAACCCCCAAGGCUGAAGCACUUAAUAUGAUGUACGAAAGUUACAGAAGAAGAUUUGAGACUACACGAUCUCUGAUGCAUCAGAUUGUCCAUCAACUUGUGGCCAACCCAUCCUCACGUAGUCGUUGUUUGGACUACUUCUCUACUGUUAUCAAACACAACGAAAAGAGGGCGCAGAUGAGGGCUGAUUUUGCUACACUUGCAUCACAUACUUUUGUUGUGAACCUGAUGUGCGUGUUAUUCGAACUAUCAUCGAAGAUUGAUCUAUCAAAGGUGAAUCCAAUGUAUCCGUUCCAAUCGAAUAGUCGAGUGGAUAUUGUUGAAAAAACAAGACUGAAGAUGGAUCUUCAAGGUGCAAAGGAGUUUGCCGAGAAGUGUCCAACUGGAGCUGAUGAUAAAUUCACCACGGAAUGCUUUUUCCUGACGAUGCAGUGUGAAAACAUUUGCCUUCAGCCAGGAGUAAACCGUCUGAGAAGUCUAAGAAGACAUAUUGCAGACAUCCGAGACCAGAUACGAGAGCUUCAAGAGCAACUAAGCAGAGUGCCCGACGGCAUGUUUGCAGAACAUGAGAAGAACAGAAUAAACCAAAAGAUCAAACACAGGGCUGAGCAGAAAUUGUCUUUCACGCAUACUGCAAUGUGCUAUGAAUGCAUGCUGUCCGAUCCGUCUUUCAUCAGUUUGGCAUUGGACUUCUCUAGCAAACAACUGCAGCUGCUGCUCAACGCCAUCACACCAAAUUUCCGUUAUGAGAGUGAGUUGCCUGCUGCUGCACCGGCUCUUUUUGCUGCUUAUCCGGAAUUCUAUCUUGAGGAUGUGCUUGAUUUGGUGACAUUUGCGUUGAAGCAAACGGCUCCGCUUCUGGUUGGGCGAAACAACGAAUGGCCAAAUCAUUUGCUCGUGUUCAUAUGCUGCACCCACUACUUCAACAAUCCUUUCCUUGCUGCAAAGGUGGUGGAGGUUGUAAUGAUGCUAACGCCUGCAGUUAUGCCAGCUGCUCAGAAUCUCUGGUACCAAGUAAUCAACAGUCCGAUGGCUAUGGAGAAGCUGUUUCCUAGUCUUGUGAAGUUCUACUCGGAUGCUGAAGCAGGGACGGAUUUCUACGAAAAAUUCAGCAUCAGACGUAACAUUCAAGUGAUAUUCCAGUGCCUUUGGAAUGAGACUUACUACAGAUCCAUUAUGAUCCAAUUGGCUCGAGCAUGUGGGCCGGAAUUCAUAAGAUUCAUUAACAUGGUGAUUAACGAUGCGACUUUCCUACUAGAUGAGAGUUUGGCGGCUUUGAAGAAGAUUCACGACGUGGAACUGCUAAUGUCGAACAAAGAUGAGUGGGCAGCGCUUGGAAGAGAGGAACAGCAACAGAAGGAAGGGAUUCUAGAGGAUGCUAAGAGACAGGUCCGGUCGUGGUUGAUCUAUGCUAAAGAUACACUAGAACUGCUUGGAUAUUUGACUCGAGAUGCACCGCAACCUUUCGCUCAAAAUGUACUUGGUGAUAGACUGGCUUCGAUGUUGAAUCACAACAUAGCGCAGCUAUGUGGGAGAAAGUGCAUGGAAUUAAAGGUCCGUGACGCUGCAGAACGCUUUCAGUGGGAGCCACGAAAACUUGUUGGUCAAGUGGUCGACGUUUACUUGAACUUAGCAGCAUUCUCAGAUACUUUCGCGGAAUUUAUUGCUCAUGAUGAGAGGUCCUACACGCCUCAGAUGAUGAACGACGUUAUCCGACGUCUUGUCAGCAAUAACAUAGUUCCUAUUAGUCAGAUUGAAAGGUUUCGCGCUCUAGCAGAGAAGGUGGAAACUCUUUAUAAUAACAAGGCAGCACAAGAAAUGGAAUUGGAAGACGCACCGGAAGAGUUCAAAGAUCCUGUUAUGGCUACAUUGAUGGAAGAUCCUGUACGUCUGCCCUCCGGUCACAUCAUGGAUCGCAAGCAUAUCAUGCGUCAUUUACUCAGCAGUCAAACGAAUCCAUUCAAUCGUGCGCCACUAACUGAAGACGAACUUGAACCUGUUCCGGAACUGCGACAGCGUAUUCGUGACUGGGUGAAGGAGAAACUCGGCAAGUGA